AUGGACGCUCCCACCACGCCUCCCGUCGCUGAGGCGUUCACUGUUCUCGGUCAGACCUUUGGCGCGCCUACCCUCGAUCGUCCUUUCGGCAUCGCGCUAUGGCCCAUCUUCGACAAGGCAUUCACUGCCGUCAUGGGAUAUUCUGCCAAUGAUUUCAAGUUCCAGGCCGGCGUCACCCCCAUGUCGACUCUGAAGGAGACGAGCAUUUUCAUCGUCUGCUACUACAUCGUCAUCUUCGGUGGGCGCGAGCUGAUGCGCAACCGUGAGCCCUUCAAGCUCAAGAGCCUCUUCUUGUUCCACAACCUCUAUCUCACCCUCAUCAGCGGUGCUCUUCUCGCUCUCUUCAUUGAGCAGCUUCUACCCACCGUCGUCCGUGGCGGCAUCUUCCACGCCAUCUGUGACAGGGAAGGUGGCUGGACUCAGCCCCUGGUUGUUCUCUACUACUUGAACUACUUGACCAAAUACCUCGAACUUCUCGACACCGUUUUCCUGUUCCUCAAGAAGAAGCCUUUGACCUUCCUUCACUGCUACCAUCACGGCGCCACCGCUCUCCUCUGCUACACUCAGCUCCUCGGCUCUACCGCCGUCUCUUGGGUCCCCAUCACCCUAAACUUGACGGUUCACGUUGUCAUGUACUGGUACUACUUCCAGUCCGCCCGUGGCAUCCGUAUCUGGUGGAAGGAAUGGGUCACGAAGCUCCAGAUUGUCCAGUUCAUCAUUGAUCUCGGCUUUGUCUACUUCGCCUCGUACACAUAUUUUGCGUCGACGUAUUUCCCUCACUUCCCCAAUGCUGGCAGGUGCGCUGGAGAGGAGUUCGCCGCCAUCUCCGGCAUUGGCAUCCUCAGCUCUUACCUCGUCCUCUUCAUCUCGUUCUACCUCGCCACCUAUAGGAAGGACUCCAAGGCUCCUAGCGGUCGCAAGGCGGCCGCCGCGUCCUCCAAUGGCAAGGCCGUCUCCACCGGAGCUAAGACCAACGGCGCCACCACGCGCUCUCGCCGUGCUUGA